CAAGAAAACAGAGAUAUUUUGAAAGCAAGAAGAAAAAAAUGGGUGUGGAUUAUUAUAAGAUUCUUCAGGUGGACCGCAAUGCCAAAGACGAUGACCUCAAAAAAGCCUAUCGGAAACUCGCCAUGAAGUGGCACCCCGACAAAAACCCUAACAACAAGAAAGACGCCGAAGCCAAAUUCAAACAAAUCUCGGAAGCCUACGACGUAUUGAGUGAUCCACAGAAGAGAGCAGUUUAUGAUCAAUACGGAGAGGAAGGAUUAAAGGGGCAGGUGCCACCGCCAGGUGCUGGUGGAUUUUCUGGCGGGUCGGAAGGAGGGGGGCCAACCAUGUUCCGUUUCAACCCUCGCAGUGCAGAUGACAUAUUUUCUGAGUUUUUUGGGUACUCGAGCCCGUUUGGAGGAAUGGGGGAUAUGGGAAGCGGGUCACGGGCUGGGGGAUCAGGUUUCCCGAGGAGUAUGUUUGGGGAUGAUAUAUUUGCUUCAUUUAGGAAUGCUGCAGGAGGGGAAGGGGGUUCAAGUGGCAUGCCACGCAAGGCGGCCGCAAUUGAGAGGAACUUGCCGUGCAGUUUGGAGGAUUUGUAUAAGGGGACUACAAAGAAGAUGAAGAUUUCGAGGGAUGUUAUGGAUGCAAGCGGGUAAGCCUCUGUCACUGUACACUUUUUUUAAA